ACGGUAGUUUUAGCAAGCGCACACAGGCAGAGUGGACUUUAAACGUCGUCUGUUGUUACUUGCGGUGAAAAAGUAAUUUAAACAUGAUGGACGAUACGACUGCCGUUCGUGAGCAGCACACGUUCCCACAGGAGCCCUUGCGCAAAUACUUGUGCACCAGAUUGCCAGAUUUCUCAGAAGACUGCGUGUUUACUGUUAGACAGUACAGAUAUGGCCAAUCUAACCCAACAUUUUUGCUACAAAAUGGUCAAAGACAUUUUAUCUUAAGGAAGAAGCCUCCAGGUCCACUUUUACCAGGAGCACAUAAGAUUGACAGAGAAUAUCGUGUACAGAAAGCCUUAUUUUCUGUUGGGUUUCCUGUACCUCAACCUCUUGUGUACUGUGAUGAUGUUUCAGUCAUUGGAACUGAGUUUUAUAUAAUGGAGCACGUAGAGGGACGCAUUUUCCGGGACUUGCGGCUACCAGAUACAAGUCCUGCUGAACGGGCUGCCUUGUAUAUAGCUGCCGUUGAAACUCUGGCAAGGUUACACUCUUUGGACUUGAAUUCUCUGGACCUCCAAAAUUAUGGAAAAGGAGAGGGGUACUGUAAAAGACAAGUAUUAACAUGGACAAAGCAAUAUAAUGCAGCGGCUCAUGCUGAAAUUCCUUCUAUGAAUAAGCUGUCAGACUGGUUGAGUAAUAAUGUGCCCUCAGAUGAUAACGUUGUAACUCUGGUUCAUGGAGAUUUUCGUUUGGAUAACAUAAUAUUUCAUCCCUAUGAGGCUCGGGUUUUAGCAGUACUUGACUGGGAACUUUCUACCACUGGUCACCCAGUUGUAGAUCUGGGCUAUUUCCUAUUGCCCUUCAGUUUGCCUAAAACUAUUGAGGCUUUUGGCACAUUAGGAUCCUUGCAAGGAGUUGAAGGUGUUCCAGCACCAGCUGAAAUCAUUUCUAUUUACUGUCGCUGUCGACAUCAAGUUCCUUCAUUGAUAACAUGGCACUUUUUUCAAGCUCUUGCCCUUUUUAAGAUGGCUGGAAUUGCCCAGGGAAUUUAUGCUCGUUAUCUUCUCGGAAAUGCCAGUGCAGAAAAUGCAUAUCAGUUUGGAGAUGCCGUUGAACAUUUGGCAAAAAUUGGACUUGAGAUUGCUGAGAGUGGGUUAUUCAAGCCUGAUCAGCAGUCAUCCAUAUCUGAAGAUCUGUUUAAGCAGUCCAGCAAAGGAAAGGUGAUUCUUAGUCGGGUGAAAGACUUCAUACAGAAUUAUGUUUUUCCUGUUGAAAAGGAGGUGCUGGAAUAUUAUGAGAAAUAUGAAAAUUCACCAAUGAGAUGGAAAAAGCCUGAGGUGAUUCAGAAACUUAAGGACAAGGCUAGAUUGGAGGGGCUCUGGAACCUUUUCCUACCUGCAGUAAGUGGUCUUACCCAGCUGGAUUAUGCAUUUAUAGCAGAAGAAACAGGGAAGUGUUUCUUUGCUCCAGAUGUUUUCAACUGCCAGGCUCCAGAUACUGGAAAUAUGGAAGUGCUGCACUUAUAUGGUACAGAGAAACAGAAACAACAAUGGCUGGAGCCUCUGCUGAAUGGAGAUAUUACAUCUUGCUUCUGCAUGACUGAGCCUGAUACAGCUUGUAGUGAUGCAACAAAUGUUGAAUGCAGCAUUCAAAAGGAUGGUGAAUGUUACGUGAUUAAUGGGAAAAAAUGGUGGAGUAGUGAAUGUGCGACACUCCUCAAAGACAAGCAACAGAUCUUGGAUCACUGGGCAGACCACUUUCAAGAACAGUUGAACCAAAUGAACAAAGUGAAUCCUUCAGUCCUCGAGGUGAUCCCCACACUCCCGCAUGUCCCUGAAUUAGAUGAGCGUCCAACUAUCCACGAAGUCCAAACUGCUGUCCAAGCCCUGAAGAACAAGAACACUCCUGUGAAAACACUAUACCUGCUGAAAUAUACAAAUACGGGUGAAGGACGUGGAUUUGAAAUGGCGCAGGGUCGUUUGGGCCCAGGCCGUCUCCACCACUGCAUGCGAACUAUAGGACUAGCUAAGUGAGCACUGGAGAUUCUCUGUCAGCAUGCCAUUCACAGAAAGACAUUUGGCAAAAAACUGUACCAGCAUGAAGUCAUUGCACACUGGAUUGCAGAAUGCCGCAUUGGCAUUGAACAAGCCCGCCUGCUAACUCUCAAUGCUGCCAACUCCAUGGAUAAAUUUGGGAGCAGUGCUGCUAGGAAAGAGAUUGCAAUGAUCAAAAUAGCAGCAGCUAGAAUGGCCUGUAAAGUUGUAGACUGUGCCAUACAAGUUCAUGGAGGUGGUGGAGUGUCCCAAGAUUUUCCUCUUGCUCAAAUGUAUUCACUUCUACGCACUUUGCGAAUUGCUGAUGGACCGGAUGAAGUUCACCUGUCUGCUGUUACAAAGAUGGAGCUGAGAGAUCAACUGAAGAAGUUCAAAGCCAAAAUAUGAGUUUAGUAAACAUUAUAAAGAACAGCAUAGAAAUGCAUUGGGCAGCAUCAGUCAUAUUGUAACAAUAUAUUCUAACAAAAGUAAAUCAAUAUGCAUUAAUUACAUCUCAUUUAAUUACUUGUUGACAAUGACAGUACUUUCAAUUAACUCAUUAUGAAGUUUCUUUAAUUUUCUUGGUAUUUCAAGUGUAAUGAUUAUACCCUGUAAAAAACACUUGGUAAUUAAACAGCAUCAUCAAAACAAAA